AUGCCAGAGACGGAGCCAACCCUCCAACGCAAUGCUUAUGCCACAAACGGCUACCAUGCACCAAAUCGCUGCGAGAUGUGCGAUGUCUCCUUACCUGAUGAAGUCUCCAGGAACAAACACAUGCAGGAAACUGGGCAUCGCUCCUGCCCUCUAUGCAACAAGUAUGUCCCCGUAGGCGACUACUACAACCACGCCUUCGACAAGCACCCGCAUGAACGUUGGAACGAGCAUCAAGUAGCUUGGACAGAUAAGAAGGACAGGGAGAACGCACAGCCUUGGGCCGUACAAGGAGUAAAGAUCUAG